AUGGCUAACGACAAAUUACUGGAAUCAAUAUGUUAUCAAAUUGGCUUUACUUUUACUAAUUCUUUUACCUUAAGAGAGUACAAUAAUGCAUUUUGGAAGCACUUUUCUCCACACAAAAAAAUGGAUAUAAAGAGAAGGCGAUUUAACGAUCGCCCCAGUCUAGGAGGUUCUGAUUCAUGGGAAGCAAUAUUAAUGAGUGACAAUUAUGAAGAAGUUGACAAAGCAUUAUCUAAAUUAAAAAAAUUAUUGAGUAAAAAAGAUCGAAUUAUGGAAAUUCUUGAUGAUAGCAGGGAGAAGGCUGGUGUAUUUUAUGUACUUAUUCGUCUAAUGCUUAAUAAAGCUCUUAGUACUGAAUUGUUACAAAAAACUAUUGUAUUAAAAAUAUUACAAGAGACAAUAUCUAUUAUUGCAAAUUGUUGUUUUUUUUCAAUGACAGCUUGUAUGUGUUUAACAAAAACUGCUCCAAAUGUUAUUUCAAUAUUUGAUAAAUUAUUAAAUCUACCUCAGAAAGCUGACUCUAUAAAAGCAGGAAUUUUAAGAUUAAUUGGAAACUUAUUAGAAACAAGAAAAGUAUUUCCAACUAUAACUUCUAAUUUACCAUUUAUGGAGAAAUUAUCUUCAUUUAUAAAUAGUGAAGAAGAAAAAUUACAAAAAAAUUCAAUAAGAACAUUUAAAAUUUUAUGUAAAAAUGGAAUUUCUAAAAGAAUAAUUGAUUGCAAUGCUGUAUCAGAAUUGGCAUCUCUUAUUGUUUCUGACAAAUUUACUGUAUAUAAAGAUGAUAUUUUAUUUAUGCUUUCUUUUCUAGCAAGAACAGUACCUAAAGAUACUGGUAGGCAGCUGGCAACUCCAGAAUGCUCAAAUUUUCUUUUUAAUAUAUUACUUGAAUACAAAUUAGAUAAAUAUAAAUAUGAAAAAUGGAUAGAACCAAUUUGUUCAUUUUUAAAUAGGUCAUAUGAAAUUCGUGAAUCAAUUGGAAAAAUUGGAUUAACAAAAUUGAUUCUUGAGGGAAAAGAAUGUAUUUGUUUUUUAAAAAUUUUGACUUUUUUUGCCCAGGACGCCUGGGGUCGUGUUACAUUAAGGGAAAAUGGUGGUCUUGAUAUUAUUAUUGAAAAUUUAUCUUGUAGUGAUUCUGUUAAUGAAAAAAUUUUUUUAAUUCAAUCUUUGAAAAAUCUUAUUCAUGACACAGUUGGGAUAUCUUAUCUUUGUCAAUCACAAAAAUUUUUUAAUACUGUCCUCACUCAUGUUAAUUCAUAUAUAAAAUCUAAUCCAUUAGAUUGUAAAUUAGAAUUAAAAGACAAAAGUGAAAAUAAUGUUCAAAUAGAAAGUAGUCCAUUUCACAUAGAUAGUUCAAAUAAUGCCAAUUGUCACAAUUUAGGAAAUCAAAGAUAUACAAGAGGUGGAUAUUUAAUAUCACAAAGAGCAUCAUGUAGUCCCUCUGAUCAUUCACGAUCAAACUCUUUAUCUCCAACAAGGAGUAUUUUUAGUUCACCUGAAAGAGAUAUAUUAGAUUUUGAAUUUGAGGAUGGUGAUGAAUUAGUAGACAAUCAAGAAAAUAAAGAUUCACUUCAACAACAAAACAAUGAACAAAUGGUUGUUUUUGGGGAAUUUUUUUUGAUGUCAUGGCAGAGUCAUGAUGAAAAUAAUCAUAAAUAUUUAGCAAGAAAUGAUAUUAUUGAAAUGUGGAUAAAUUAUUUAAGUAUUAAUUUGUUGUAUGAUUCAAAGGCUGGAAGGGCAAUGAAAAGACUUGCCCGAUCAUUUAAUAUUAUAUCAAAUUUAUUAAAACUUAAAUUUCAUAUUUUAAUUUUAGAUACAUUAAUACGACGUUCAUGUAUGAUGCAUAUGUUAGCUAAACCAUGUAAAAAAUGUACAAAAAUUCGUAGGUAUGGUAAGGAUCUUUAUCGAGAUUUUAGUGAACAUAUUGAUACAGAUUAUGGAUGGAGUUAUAUAUUAAUAGAUCUUCAACAAUCAAAUGAUGAUAUUAAAAUUAAUGCUAUGAUUGCUUCAGUUGCCUUAAUUAGAACAGUAAAAAGGAGAAGAAAUUAUUUUGAAAUUUAUAAACCAAUAAAAAAAUUAAUAGAAAAAUGUAAAAUGAUUUUACUUAACCAAGAAAACUUUGAUAAACAUAACUCACUUGGUGAGUUAAAUAAAGAUAUCUUAUUUCAAAUCAUGAUUUCUUUUGGAACACUUAUAUCUAAAAAUACAUUUGAAAAAUUAUUUUUUCUUGAAGAUGCUUUUAAAGAGUGUAAUGAUAUGAUUGAUAACAGUGAAAUUACUAAAGAGACUAGUUGUUGUAAAGUUCCGACGUCACAAAGCGAUAACAUUGAAUUUAUUUGUUUUGAAAAUUUAUUAAUCAAUGAAUACAUUUAUAUUGAAAAAGAAAUUUUAUGUAAAAAUUGUACAUUUUAUCAAGCAAUGUUUUCAAGUUCAUUUAAUGAAGCAAAGAAUAAAAAAUUUAAAUUUAAUUUUAAUGAUGGUAUUAGUGAAAUUGUUCCAUGGGAAGAUUUUAAACUUUUUAUUCAUUAUUGUGCUGGAUGUACUGAUGAAAAUUGUUUAGCAAUAAAAACACCUCAAAAUUAUGUUUCUUUAAUUUAUUUGGCAGAUUAUUUUAGUUAUGAUUUUUUAACUAAUAAAUUAAUACAAUUUAGUGAUACUCUUCAAAGAAUGUUUUCUGGAGAAAAUUUAAAAUAUAUUAUUUCUUUAGUACGCCAAUGUCCACAUAUCUUUCUAAAACUUUCUGUAUUCUUUUUCACUAACUUUUUGUGUUACACAACCAAAGAAGAUAUGUUAGAGAUUUUUUCUAGUUUAAUUAAUAAUCCUGAUUUAACAGAAGAAUUUUUUAAAGAGCUUGAUAAAUUUUUAUCUACAACAUUCUUAACAUCCUCAUUAACUCGUGGUCUUUUAAUUUAG